UCUGCUGCUGUGGUCAGAAAUAAACCAUAAAUACCCCCCCUCCUCCCCUCUGCCCUCUAAUGCCUCGACCCCAUCAAACGCCAAGUGGCACCAAGUAAGAGGGACGCUACCACUUCCUCGUAGGCAUACCCAGGUAAACAAUAGCUGAGUUCUGGACCCUAAGGGAUCAAUAACCAUGGCUUAUGAACUCCUGGGAUUAGAUGGUGGAGAUACAGUUUGGACCGUCUGUCAUGGAGACUUCGGAAUAAUCUGCUAGAGGAGGAAAAAAUGAUAACUGCAGCCCUGACCUGAGUCCUCUCUGCUUCUCUCUGUGGUUGCAUGCUUGUUCACCAUGGAUCUUGCUUUGUGUCCCAUAAAGUGGAGGAUCAGCGAACCAGGAGGAUGUCGGACCAGCAGAACGCCACAGAUCAGCUGGCUGCCGGGAAGAGCCAGGGUGGAGCUGGAGUCGCAUAUAAGGUGGUCGUGUUUGAGUUUGAGAACUUCCAGGGCUGCAAGGCGGAGUUUUCUGCAGAGUGCAAAGACGUAACAGAGAAAGGACCGGAGAAGGUCGGCUCUGUGAUCGUGGACUCAGGGCCCUGGGUGGGUUAUGACGGGCAUGGCUUCAAAGGAGAGCAGUUCAUUCUGGAGAAAGGAGAGUAUCCACGCUGGGACACCUGGACCAACAGUCAGCGCAGCUUCUCCAUGCUGUCCUUGAGGCCCCUGAAGGUGGAUGGUGUCGAACACAAGCUGCACCUCUACGAGAACCCUGGCUUCACCGGCAGGAAGAUGGAGAUUGUGGAUGACGACGUGCCGAGCCUGUGGGCCCACGGCUUCCAGGACCGGGUGGCCAGCGUCAAGGCUCUGAACGGAACGUGGGUGGGCUACAUGUACCCAGGCUACAGGGGCCAACAAUACAUUUUUGAGCGAGGGGAUUUCAAGCACUGGAACGACUGGGAGGCCCCCUCUCCCCGGAUCCAGUCUGUCCGACGGGUGCGGGACAUGCAGUGGCACAAGAAAGGGUGUUUCAUCCAUCCUGCCCCGGCCCCCGUCCCAGACCCCGAUCCGGCCCCAGCACCGGCUCCUCCUGCCCCCCCUGCAACAGCCAGGGCCAGCUGAGCGUCCCCCUCCCUCAUCAACCCAAACAUGACAAACGCUGUUGUUGCCCGGCGACGAGUGCCAUGUGCGUUUUAGUGGCCAAUAAAGGUUGUUUGACCUGGA